AUGUCCAAUGACAAUUGUAAUCAUGUGAUAAGAGCUGCUAUACUUGCUAGAAUUGAUUUAUGGGACGCCCGUGAUCUCAUGCAUACUGUCAUUUCACCGGGUGAUACAACUCAAACAACGUGGGUAAAGAUUCUUUAUAUUUUUCAAGAUAACAAGAAUUCAGCGGAUCAACUUGCUAAUGUUGAGUCCAAAGUAUCGGAUAAUCGGUUAGUUUUACAACUCAUUAAAGGUCUUACACAUGAAUUUAAUGAAGUCACCACUUAUCUUGAACAAUUGGAUCCCCUUCCAUCUUUUUAUCAAGCCCAGUCUCGAUUGAUUAUCCAUGAAACAAGGCGCAAUCACCAAGAUUCUCGUGAGGCAUACGUUGAAGCUACGACAUUGGUUUCGUCUCAAAAUUUUGUUGAAGAUGGUGUUUUUGGUUCUAAUCGUGGAUCUCAACAGUCUUCUCAACGUGGUUGUGGUCGUCGGGGUGGUCUUCGUGGCAAGAGUAAUGGCAAACACAGAGGGUCUUUUAAUACCCGCAACCCCACACGACAAAUUACUGGACCUGCUUCAUGGGAUACCUGCAGUCAUGUUCGUAAUACUACCGGACCGGUUUCUUGGUCUCCCACAGAGCAGCAAUGGUCUCAAUGGUCUCAAUGGUACUAUCCCCCUCCGUGUCCAUAUCCCACCGGACCUUCUCAGUGGCCUAGAUCAUCUCAACCGCCUCCUGCUGGCAUUCUUGGGCCACAACCACAGUCGUUUGUCACUCAAGUCACUCGGGUGUUGCUCCAUCUCAUGGUAUAUGGAUACUGGUGCUACUAUAACAUGACUCAUUUGUUAGGUACUCUUUAUCUGUAUUUUAAUAUGAGUAAUCAUAAUUCUAUAAUUGUUGGGAGUGGUGAUCAAAUUUCCGUUCUUGGUUAUGGUGAUUCUAUUCUUUCUCCUCUCCAUCCUCCUCAUGUUAAAAAAUGUUAUACAUGCCCCACGUCGUAUUAA